AUAAUUGUCCGCAUCCGAGACCGCCGUUGAAGUGCCGUAAGACCGGCGCCGCCCCCGAAGUUAUUUGUUUUUUAUUCUCUCCAUUGUCCGACUUGUGUCUUGUCGUUUUGUGGCAAGGUGUCGGAUGGCGGAUGUGACCUAAACCUCUUGUGGCUCAAACCAUCAUGACACGACCUAAGGUUGAUCCUGACAAGAGGCAACGCACUGCCCAGGCAUGUGAUUCAUGUAAGCGUAGGAAACAAAAGUGCAAUGGACUAAAACCAUGUAGCACCUGUCUGAAACGAAGCCUGGAUUGUUUGUACACGCCAACGAGCCUUGAAACCGGGUCACAGGAGCCUCUCGGGUCGCCGACCAAACGCCGACACAUUGAUAACUCUCCAAGGACGUUGAAAUCUACCCUUGAGCCUAACCAGGCUCUUGCGACACACGCUCCGUCUUUAGUUCCGUGGAAUCAGCCUACCGAUAGGUCAGCAAUGAACCUAGCGGAAGCCGAGCCUCCCGAGUCAAGCCAGAAGAAGCUUGCAGGGACGGGUCGCCAUUUUCUCGGCGGCAAUGAUCGCGAUUUUGACUCCCGCUCUCGGAUUAGCAAUGCUAGCGGGGCUGCGGAUGAAGCUGAGAUUGUGACCUUACCUAGGAUGCUGAUGGACACAACGGGAAGAUUGCGUAAGUCAGAAUACACAAAUCUAGGCACCUGCAGACAAACUGCAUGCCCCUACUUCUCCUCUCAAGUCAAAUCGUUAUAUUCCGUACUUUAUACCUCAAACACAUGCAUGAAGUAUGUCUAUCGAGAACAGCCGUGAAGGGUUAAUUAUAAAUACCCCUUUUUCAUACUUGGGCUCAAGUUUCAGAGGACUACCUGUCUAGGUAU